CUAACAUCUCGACUCAGCAUGUAGAGGCGCCUAAUAAAGAGCACAUUGAUGCUCAAACCCCUCGAUUUAUCCUCACCAUACCUCUCGCCGUGUACUUGUUCAAAUUCAGGCCAAGAUGACAUCUCCAUCUUUCGGCAGCACGCUUCCGUGGGCAGAGCCGAGCUGGUACACUGGACGCCCUACACCAUACUACAAAGAGAGCCAUCGAAGGCUUCGUGAUGCUGUGAGAAAGUGGUGUGACGAACACAUCGCCCCCCACACCGACUCAUGGGUAGAAGCCGGCGCCGUCCCACCCUCCCUCUACCACGCCUGCGCCGCAGCCGGCCUCCUCGUCCCCAUCGCCUCAGGCAACUCCAUCCCUCCAUCCUGGGCGCACUACCCGAUCAUCGGGGACAUCGCGCCCGCAGAAUGGGACGGCUUCCACGACCUAGUGCUCUGGGACGAGCUCACGCGCAGCGGCAGCAUCGCCUCCCUCUUCAUCGGGCUAACCGUCGGCGCGCCGCCGCUGCUCAAGUUCGCGAGCAAAUGGCUGCAAGACAAGAUUUUUCCGGAGAUUCUGAGCGGAGAGAAGCGGAUCUGUCUUGCGGUUACGGAGCCCAGUGCGGGGAGCGAUGUGCGGAAUCUUACGACUACGGCGGAGAAGACGCAGGAUGGGAAGCACUACGUCGUUAAUGGGGAGAAAAAGUGGAUUACGAAUGGGAUGUUCAGCGACUAUUUUAUGACGGCUGUAAGGACUGGUGGACCGGGCGCGGAGGGUAUCUCUAUGCUUCUGAUACCGCGCUCGGAGGGUGUCAAAACGCGACCUGUACCUGUGAUCGCGGGGCCGCUUGCUGCGACUACCUAUCUCACCUUUGAGGAUGUCAAGGUACCCGUUGAAUAUCUUAUUGGCAAGGAAGGCCACGGCUUCCGCCAAACGAUGGUGAACUUCAACCAUGAGCGGCUAUGGAUUGCCUUCCAGUGCCUUCGGGGGUGCAGGACCGCUAUGCACGAUGCGUUUCAGUGGGCGCUAAAACGGGAGGCAUUUGAUAAGAAGCUGAUUGAGCAGCCGGUGGUGCGGAAUAAGUUCGGUAAUAUGGGAAGGCAGGUUGAGGCGCUGCAGGCGUGGACAGAGCAGGUAGUUUAUGAGCUUGGACAGUUGAGCGAUAAAGAUGGAGCGAGGCUGUUGGGCGGGACGACGGCUUUGUUGAAGGUCGAGGCGGGGAUGGUUUGCAAGUAUGUUGCGGAGGAGUGCUUGAAGAUCAUGGGAGGGCUUGGACUCACGAAAACGGGGCAGGGAGCUAGGAUUGAGGCGUUCUACCGCAGCGUUCCUAGCUUUGUCGUUCCGGGGGGUUCUGAGGAUGUAAUGAUCGAUCUGGGUGUCCGAGAAGCCUUGAAGCUGCACAGACAGGCCGAAAAGGCGAGAUCGAAGCUUUGAGUGGAGAUAGCCUUGUAUCUCUAAUGAAAUUGUUC